CGGGACUCGGUUCGGGACUCUCAUCUAUACAAAAUGCACUACUUUUAUAUCAACUCGGAUUUCUAUAUCCAUUCUAUUUAUCAUCCUAUAGUAUUUAUACUACAACGCGCGUUAAUAUGGUAACUUCAUGUUCUAGCCAAUCGGGAGAUACGCCUAGCGUAUCUCAACCUUCACUGCCACAAAUUUGUCUUACACCAGAGAAAGCCCGAAAAUACUCUCGAGCGAUAGCCAAGAAUAUUUUCAACAACUAGGAGACGUUGAAUAUGAUCGUUCAAUAUCAUGAAGAUACAAUCCGGAAUCGCUGGAUCCAGAAAUCGAAAGUCAAACGAAAGAAACUCUUGCUUAGCGUUUGGCCAAAUAUGCCAUCAUUGCAUCGCCCUGAUAUUGCCGUUUAUAGGGAACUUGUUCCAAUUGAAGAAUGGGGCAUUAGUCCGUUCAUGUGGCCAUAUAUAAACCUCGAGGAUCUAUGCAGGACAGAGCCGCUUUUACUGAUUCUCAAUUCUCGAGGAAGGUAUUCACCUAGCGACUUUACUAAACCUGAUUUUGAGUCGGUAUCUUUUGGGUACCAUACUCCAUAUUACAAUAUGGUAGAGCUUCCGGGUUACUCCAUGUCGUUUAGAGAACCUCCUUCGUUAGAUACAUACGGCCAGCUCCAUUUUGACACCGACGACGAUGUUAGAUUCGACGAAGGCUCGAAUUGGGGGGCUGUUACCCCAGAUAACGGCUUCCGAAUCUUGGCGGCUCAAGAUCAUCUGUAUCAAUUUCUUAUUAGAUGUUGUGAAGCAAUUCUCCACGAUAUUCCAACUGAAGAUUUGACGCAGGCCGACCAGCCCAUCCUUCGCUCUCCCACGGUAGUUAUGCCGAAGAGCAAUUCGCCAAGGCUUCGUUUCUCUGCUAUCGACUCGUUUGAGGACCUGUAUAAACGACCCUGCCAUGUCGAAUUCAGUCGUAUAAAAUCUCUUGUUGGGUCCAUGCUAUUUGCUGCCGAAGAUCACCUCAUGUCUAUGAGGGAGGAUCCCGAUUAUUUUAGGAUGGUUCUAAAUCAAAGGGAAGAAAAUUACGCUGGACACUUGCGCGACAUCAAUGAUCCGGGGCAUCCUGUUUAUCUCCAGAACAAGGAUUUCUAUCACGAAGAAUUUAUUCGCCAAGUUUUCUCCAAUGCCUUCCUAAUCUCCGGUGUCUUAAAGGCUGCAUAUGAUUCGUUCUAUUACCUACACUCCCUUCUCGAGGAGUGGAAAGAAGAUCCUUCUCAAACAGCGGCUUUGCCGCUACCCGUAUGUAAGACGUUGUAUGGACUUUACCACAGCCUAGUCGUUGUCUGCGAAAAAAUGACAGACCGCGUGCUAUUAGCGAGCAGUAUUUAUGGCUCGCCUGCGCUGAGAGAAUAUUUCUAUUUCGAGCCCAAAGACCCGAAAUGCCAACGUCCCCCUCUAGUUCGACGUCGACCUUUGGUCAAUAUGCCCGAAAUUCUCACCGACACCGUGUACUUCCUUGAAGUCAUAGCCGGCUUAAAAGACCGACGCCCAAUCGGCCUCAGAGCAACUCUAAUUGAGUUAGAAUUACUCAUCCAGCGUCAUCCUACAGCGAAGUUUUUCGUGAGUAGCUGGCAGGGUGCUCAAAUUUCGAUCCUGGGUGUUUUAUGCGAAUGCAGACACGUACUUGAGCAAUACCAGUACCGGUUCCAGGGCUUCUCGCAAUACUGCAGAAAAUAUCCAGGUGAGGUUGAGAACUUUUACCAGAGUAAAUUUGAGGUUGCAUUCAAGGUGUAUAAUAUACCUAAUUCAUUCUGGUACAAUACGACCGGAACCAUGCGGGAUAUUCUCAUAGGGGAAUCAAAAUACCCAAUACGUGAACCUCGCAGUAGGGAGGUAGUUAAGAAACUACGCAAAACAGAAGCAAGCUUCGAUCAAUUUUGGAUCAAAGCGCUCGACCAGUUGCAGAGAUCGCGUGUACUAGAGGUGUGCGUAACUUCAGUAUUUUCUCGCAAGCUACAGAGGACUGAGCCGUGGGCAGAGCCACAGAUAGAGCGGACUAAGGCGAAAAAGAAGAAUAUGGGGAGUAAGAGUACCAAUCAGCCAUCCGAUGAAUUUAUCCACCAAGAAAAUUCAGAAGCAGAGAAGCCUGCAAGCACGACAAAAGAGAGCGUAAAUGCAGAGAUGAAUGGUUCCACAGCAGAGCACGGGAGAUAUCCUCCAUUUAAAGUCGACAGCCGAACUUUUGAGGUGUUUGAUACCUUAUUAUUCGAUGGACCCGAUCAUUCCAAUCUAGGAGAGGUUUCCUGGGAUGACUUUGUUCAUGCUAUGUUGGCUAUGAAUUUUACGGCGGAGAAGUUGUUCGGAUCAGCCUGGCUCUUCAAACCCAUAAUAAGCCUGGACAAUGAGUUCAGCUAUAUGAUAUUCCACGAACCGUACACGGGAGGCAAAAUGGAGUAUACGAUGAUCAAACAUUAUGGUCGGCGUAUCGCCAGGACUUUGAAGUGGGAAAGCCAUAUGUUCGUACGGGCUUGAUAAUUCGGGAGACAAACAUCAGAGUUGAAUAUCGGAAUUGGUGGUAUCUGCUGCUGAUGUUGCUCCUCCUCCUCCUCAGGUAGGCAGGCAGGCAAUAGAUCAUAUAGGGAGCUCUGCGCUUGUCCUGAUAGGAUUGUGUAAGUGGCAAUGCGUUUUGAACGAGGUGUCCAGCGUAUUUCACAUGAAGGAUAUACAUUCUCUCAUAGCGUCAGCGUAUUACUUACACUAGCUUAGGAAAUAACAGCGG